AUGGGGCCCCCGGGCAAUAGGGGAUCAUGGGGCCCCUGUGUCCUCGCCCACAGUCAAACCACACCCAAAAAAAGCCUAUGAAAGAAAUGUGCGGGAAAUGUUUACAGAAACAUAUCACACACAGAGACAAGCCAAGGCUCCCAACUCUCCCUGAUUUCGAGGGACUGUCCCUCAUUCCGAACCAGGGGCGGACUGACAACUCAUGGGGCCCCCGGGCAAUAGGGGAUCAUGGGGCCCCUGUGUCCUUGCCCAAACUCAAAAAAGCCUAUGAAAAAGGUACCAGGGGCAUCUCAUGGGGCCCCCUACUGACCCCGGGCCCUCGGGCAGUGCCCGAGUUUCCAAAUGGUCAGUCCGCCCUU